CAAUCAGCUUCCGAAUAGAAGAGAUGCUCUCGGUGUAUUUGCCCCUGCUGAUCCUGGUCGCUGCUCAGGUCCAGAGCCACCGGCCAACGACGACUGCUGAUGGCAGAUCUUGUCCCCAAAUCAAAUUGAAGAGUCAAUGGGGUGGCAAACCUCCGCGCGGUGAUCUCUACUAUCAAGUGCGUCCCAUACGUUAUGUGGUUAUUCAUCAUACUGUUACCUCCGAGUGUGCUGGCUUUCUGGAAUGUGCGGAAAUACUACAGAAUGUUCAAAGCUAUGCACAGAACGAAUUGGACUACAAUGACAUAAGCUACAAUUUUCUCAUUGGCAACGAUGGCGUGGUCUAUGAGGGCACCGGUUGGGGCGUCCGUGGGGCCCACACAUUUGGCUAUAACGCCAAUGGCACUGGCAUUGCCUUCAUUGGAAACUACAGCAAUAAACUUCCCUCGCCUGCAGCUCUGAAAGCUGCCCAGAAACUCUUAAUUUGUGGGGUGAAACAGGAUGAGCUUAGUAAUGAUUACGCCCUAAUUGCCGCUUCCCAGGUUAUUACCACCCAGAGCCCGGGUCUGAUUCUAUACAAUGAGAUACAGCAGUGGCCCAAUUGGGUUUCCGAUCCACAAAAAUAAAUGUUAAUAAUAAAAUAAAAAUAUGCAAGAAUUUGUUUCCAUCUAUGGAUCCAACAUGUA